CCGAGAGCCUUCUUUCGAGAGGGCCUUCCUCAAGUUCUCACUGCAGAAGCGCAAGUGUCAAUACCCAAAUCUCUGGUUUCUCUCGUCUUCUAUGCUGAGAUGGAUAUCGAGCAAAAGCAAGCGGAUUUCAUCGAUCACUUCGUGAAGCAAGCAUCUGCUUCCAAGGGUUCGGCCCUUGGUUCUCUGGUUGUUGAAGCCACUUCUCACCCUUCUCUCUUCGCUUUCUCUGAGAUUCUUGCCGUGCCCAAUGUUGUAGAGCUUGAAGGAACUGAACAUUCUGUCUACCUUGAUGUGCUACGAUUGUUUGCAUAUGGUACAUGGAGUGACUACAAGAGUAAUGCUGGUCGUCUUCCGCAAUUGAUACCUGAUCAGAUCCUCAAGCUAAAGCAACUCACAGUUCUUACACUAGCCGAGACAAACAAGGUGCUGCCUUAUGACCAACUAAUGCAGGAAUUAGAUGUGACAAAUGUACGUGAACUUGAAGAUUUUCUAAUUAACGAGUGCAUGUAUGCGGGCAUAGUCAGAGGAAAGCUGGAUCAACUGCGAAGAUGUUUUGAGGUCCAAUUUGCAGCAGGGAGGGACUUGAGACCGGGUCAGCUGGGAAAUAUGAUACAAACACUCUCUAAUUGGUUGUCUACAUCAGAUAAUAUGCUUGCUUCCAUUCAAGAAAAGAUAAAAUGGGCUGAUACUAUGAGCGAGUUGGACAAGAAGCACAAGAAAGAUGUGGAAGAAAAGGCAGAAGAAGUGAAGAAAUCACUUUUCAAGAAGUUGCACACUGUCAGCAGGCCGACAUUGACUUUCGAGGGCAUGAGGAGAUCAACUCUGAAUCUGGUGGAGUGAUGGACUAUGAGGAAGAUCGAAGCCGACCUAAAAGGAGGCGGCAUCCACUAUCUUGAAGAGAGUAGUAGAUAAAGGAGCUCAUUGGAUGGGUGUGUUAGAAGCUUGCCUGACUUUUAAUUCAUGGCAUGCAUCCACUGAGAUAAUCCUCUGCUUUUGGAGACAAAGGUUAUUGCCUCUCUGAUGGAGCUCUUAUCUGUUCCACCACAAAAUCAUUAUGAGCUUAGGAGAAAGAAAAACAAAAGGGGAAAAAAAACAAAAAAAAAGAAACUUGUUAUUGGCUUAGGGUUGUAUUUCAGAAUUGUUAGCACUUCUUGAACCGGUUUAUUCCCUUGAAGUUCGUUGUCGGCUUCGACCGGCUGAGUUGGUGGUGCAGAUAAAUUUUUCUGGAGCUAGAUUUCUUUAACGUGUUUCAUAUAUAAUGCUUCUAAUUGAUUUGCUACACACUGCGUUAAAUACAUCUCAGAGAUAUUUUCCGUGUA